GCCCAAUGAAGGAUUAGAGGGAUACUGGAAUAAUACUCUUAUUUAUUGGAAGAUAAGGUGGUUUCUUUAAUCUCAAUAAUGGCAGAUCAAGGUCAACAGCAAGAGGGAGCUAAUAUUGUGAACAUCCAGGGCUCGAAUAUUAAUGAAGUUCAUGGCGAAGUGAUUCAAGUCGAUAACAUUCAGCAAGCUCAGGCAGAAAUAAUUCACGCAGGCAAUAUUCAGCACCUCCAUUUGCAUUAUGACAAUAAUGCUGCUCCACCUCCAGUCGCACAACAACCUCAAGUACAAGCUGAUGCAGGGUCUGCUGGGAAUAUGCAAGAGGAAAUGCCGUCAACAUCAGGUUCCGCAUCUCGUUUACAAAUCAGAGAACGACGCAACGUUGACUUAGAAUACAGCAAUCAAGAUUUACUUGUGGCAGGUUCUGCAUCAUUAUUACAAACAGAGGAACCUACGAAUGUAGAAAUUAACGAAUCAAACAUUCACAUUAUGGGAGGUGAAGGAAUGAUAACCAAGGGAGAAGGAGCAACGACAAUUAUUCGUGACAGCGUCAUUAUCAUCGGGGAAAGAUCACGUGAUGGUGCAACAACAGCGCAAAGAAAAAAUGAAUUCGCUGAUGCCAGACUUGCUUCAAAUGAUUUACCUUGUCCAGUCUAUGAAGAGACGCCUCCUCGAUUAGGUGUCCUACUCCUACAACUUGUACAGAGAGCCACUCGUAAAGGGAACCGUGCAAGAAAAUUCAUCAAUUACUUCAACAACAGGACCUGGGAGCAAACCAAAGUUAAAAUCACAGAAAAUUACAAAGAAGCAAAAUUGAAAGAACCAGACUUUGAAGUGAAUCCUCAAAUAAGAAAGGUACCACGCUUCUACCGUGGAGAAAUGGCCCCCAAAGUUACGGAAUAUACUUUGGAAACUGGAUUUACUGUUAGAGCUACUGAUAAUAAAGUUGGGGAAAUUAUUUCUCUGGAUGUGCUUGUGGAACAUUUGAGCAACAAAGAAUACAGAUACAUCGCCAUACUGGGUCAGGCGGGCAGUGGGAAGUCGACAAUCAUGAAACGUCUUGCUCGAAGCCUUCUAGCUGCCAACAAAUUAGUCAAACAAGCUCAAAUAAGUGAAGGAUUAAGGAACCGGCUAUUUGGUAAUACAGGACGUCGAUUCAAAUUUAUUCAUCACUUGAAUAUCAAAGAUAUCCUGUUUUUACCAGGAAACAGAGCAGAAGAAGCCAUAAGUCCAUGCGAAUUACUUUUUGGAAAAUUAGCUUUUGGACUCGCAACACAAGAUGUGGGAGAAGGUUACGAAUGGCUGCAAGAAAAUCAAUCAAUGUGUAUUCUUUUCCUUGACGGCCUGGAUCAGGCAACUUGGAAUCUCCUUGGAAAAUACAACAAGAUGAAGUAUACCGAUAAAUCGAGCACAGCAACAAUUAUGUGGAAUCUCAUAACAGGCAAUCUCUUUCCCAGAAUGACGAUCGUGAUUUCUUCCCGUGAGCACAGAAUAGCAUCCCUUCCUUUAGAAUUGAGGCCUCAAUUCAUAACUGCCCUUGCUGGUUUCACUCGAGACGAAAUCGAGAGGAUGUUCAUUGCAGUUGUCGGGGACGACGGUGAAAAAGCUUGGGAAAAAUUAACAAGGCAGUCACCCGCACUCAUUCCAUUAUCAUCUGUUCCACUUUUCCUAAUAUUCAAUGCAAUCGUUUGUAAGUUCAACCCAGAGAAACUACCAGGUACUAUGACAGAGGUAAUGCUACGAAUCCUUCACAUCUUCAUGAGAUCCGAUCACACACAUGAAAGGAAACGGAUUGAAGAAAUACUUCCAAACUUGAUGGGAAUGUCCUUUGAAGGCACAAAAAAUAAACGAGUCAUUUUCACAAUUAAUGAUCUCACAAAAUUUCUACUUCAAUCCGAUGAAGUUCGUGACAUUAUCAUCAAGGUACCUGGGAAAAACAUGUUUAACCAACAUCUCAUGGAAGGAGACCAUUUGAUGUUCUUCAGCCAUCAAGUCCUUCAAGAAGUUUUAUCCGCUCUCUAUAUUUCAAACAUGGAUUCUACUACGUUUCGCAAAUUUAUCGAAACUGAGUUCCAAGAUGAUCAUUGGGCAGUUGUUCGCCAUCUAUUGGGUGGAAUUAUUCUGAAUCCUGAUAUUGAAAGUAGUCUCGUAACAAACUUUUCUCCUGAUGCCAGACAAGAUGAGAAGAAAAAAAUUCUGAGAGAAUUUCUAUCAUCUCAGUCAUAUGAAGAAAUGGAAUCAUAUCAGAAGUUGGAGCUGUAUGGAACAUUAUAUGAAGCUAACGACACCGAUCUUAUUCAAUCCUGCAUCAGGGAGAUAGAAUUCUCUGGCGAAUCCUUCACUACAGCAGGAAUGCAUGUAAUGUCAUCAGAUAUACGACGCUGCAAUCACCUAACUCGGGUUCGUCUUAAGGGCUGCUAUCUCAAUGCUGAACUGGUUCAUAUCCUGAUGUCAAAUUUAGAAGGUUCCUGUUUGAAGUUGGAUGAACUAAAUGUCAGUCUCAACAAGGAUCUUGGACCUGCUGGUUGGGCUGAAGUUGGAUUAGUUGUUACACAAUGUCAGGUGAAGGUGUUCAAGGCUUGGGGUUGCAAACUGACAGCAGAAGGAAUGAAAGCUUUCAAGGAAAACACUGGCAAUGCAAAGUUGGAUAAACUAGUUGUGAGUUACAACGAGGAUCUUGAACCUGCUGGUUGGGGUGAAGUUGGAUUAGUUGUUACACAAUGUCAGGUGAAGGUAUUCAAGGCUGAGGUUUGCAAACUGACAGCAGAAGGAAUGAAAGCAUUCAAGGAAAACACUCUCAAUGUAAAGUUGGAUGAACUAGAUGUCGGUCGCAAUAUUGAUCUUGGCACUGCUGGUUGGGGUGAAGUUGGAUUAGUUGUUACACAAUGUCAGGUGAAGGUGUUCAAGGCUCGGGGUUGCAAUCUGACAGCAGAAGGAAUGAAAGCAUUCAAGGAAAACACUCUCAAUGCAAAGUUGGAUAAACUAGAUGUCAGUUUCAAUGAGGAUCUUGAACCUGCUGGUUGGGCCGAAGUUGGAUUAGUUGUUACACAAUGUCAUGUGAAGGUGUUCACGGCUUGGAGUUGCAAACUGACAGCAGAAAGAAUGAAAGUGUUCAAGGAAAACACUCUCGAUGCAAAGUUGGAUGAACUAGAUGUCAGUGGCAACAUGGAUCUUGAACCUGCUGGUUGGGCUGAAGUUGGAUUAGUUGUUACACAAUGUCAGGUGAAGGUAUUCAAGGCUCGGUAUUGCAAUCCGACAGCAGAAGAAAUGAAAGUAUUCAAUGAAAACACUGGCAAUGCGAAGUUGGAUGAGCUAUAUGUCGGUCACAAUGAGUAUCUUGGACCUGCUGGUUGGGCUGAAGUUGGAUUAGUUGUUACACAAUGUCAGGUGAAGGUGUUCAAGGCUCGGGGUUGCAAACUGACAGCAGAAGGAAUGAAAGCAUUCAAGGAAAACACUGGCAAUGCAAAGUUGGAUGAACUAGAUGUCAGUCACAAUAGGGAUCUUGAACCUGCUGGUUGGGCUGAAGUUGGAUUAGUUGUUACACAAUGUCAGGUGAAGGUAUUCAAGGCUUGGGCUUGUGAUCUGACAGCAGAAGAAAUGAAAGUAUUCAAGGAAAACACAGGCAAUGCAAAGUUGAAUGAGCUGGUUGUCAGUGGCAACAAAUAUCUUGGCACUGCUGGUUUAGCUGAAGUUGGAUGUUUUGCAAUGUCAGGCAUUAUUAAAAUUGAAAAAUCCAUGAAAGAACUGGAUGAUUUUGUAUGUGGACAGCCGCAUUAUUUUCUCACAAUGGCCGCAGGUUGUGCACCUUUGUAUAAGGGGUUGUAA